ACCGUCAGUUUUGUCAUUCUUCUAUCUUUUUGACAAUAUUUUAUUUUUAUAACUUUCCCUCCAAAAACUAAUAUGAAAACCUAACGGAAAUGCAUUAACAGUCAGUUAUAACUUCCAAAUGCAUUUAUGCAUUUGAAAACAGCUUUGAAUGCUAAAAAUGACUUCUCAUUUACAGUUUUAGUCUUUGAAUUAGGAGAUGAAGAGAGGUGUAUUAGACUUGUUGAUGUCACUGACUCGACACAGAUCGAUUCAAAUCUUGAUCUCCAUAUCGUUUCUUUACAUUUUCAUGGUGAUUUUGGAAGAGCCCUUCACGCUCAAUCCUGGGUUUAAGGCAGUGGUUCAAGAAGGCUUCAAUGGCUUAUUCAACGACUCAUUGUCUCAGUCAUUUGUGAUUCAGAGAGAAGAGAAAUUGGAGGAAAAAGAAAACCCAAUUCGAUCCCCAAAACCUUUCAAUCAAAUCUUAUCGAAUUUGACUUUCGAUAGCAAUGUUGUAAACAAUGGAAGCAAAGAAGGGUUUUCAGGGAUCGAGAAAUCGGCCAUGGAGGCUUUCCAAGUGGGGAAGAAGCUCUGGGAAGAGCUCGAAAAGACGCCAGAUAAUCGAACUGAGUCGUGCCCAGAUUCGCUUUUGCUUUCAGGGUCUGAAUUCUCGGGGACAGAUCGAAUUGUGGUGCUUCCAUGUGGGCUGAAAUUGGGAUCGCAUGUAAAGCUUGUGGGGAAGCCAAGAGAAGCUCAUCCAGAGCAGACACCGAAGAUUUCGCGGUUGAAGGAUGGUGGGAUUGAGACGGUUUCGCAGUUCAUGAUGGAGUUGAAAGGGUUGAACAGUGUCGAUGGAGAUGAUCCACCGAUGAUUUUGCAAUUCAAUCCGAGAUUGAAGGGAGAUUGGAGUGGGAAGCCUGUAAUUGAGCUGAAUACUUGUUAUAGGAUGAUGUGGGGUACGGCACUUCGGUGUGAUGGAUUAAAAUCUAAGGUUGAUGAUGAAAUUGUUGAUGGUCAAGUGAAAUGUGAGAAAUGGACCAGCAAUAACAACUCUGAGGAGUCAAAGGGAACAUGGUGGUUGAAGCGGUUAAUUGGACGAACAAAGAAGGUGACUGGUGAUCGGCCAUACCCAUUUGCAGAGGGCAAGCUGUUUGUCCUAACUCUUAUUGUAGGCUCGGAGGGCUAUCAUGUCAAUGUCGAUGGGAGGCAUGUCGCCUCGUUUCCUUAUCAGACUGGAUUCGCAUUUGAGGGUACCACUAGUCUAUCGUUGAACGGUGAUAUUGAUGUCCGUUCCAUUUUCACAGCAUCCUUGCCCACAUCACAUCCCCGUUUUGCAUCCAGGAGGUGGCAGACCCCACCUCAUCCUGACGGGCCAGUGGAACUAUUCAUUGGCAUCUUUUCAGCAGGUAACCAUUUUGAUGAGCGGACGGCUGUGAGGAGGUCUUGGAUGCAGCACAAUCUUAUCAAGUCGUCCAAUGUGGUUGCUCGUUUCUUCGUAGCACUGCAUUCAAGAAAAGGAGUGAAUAUAGAGCUAAAGAAAGAAGCAGAGUUUUUCGGCGACAUUGUUAUAGUGCCUUACAUGGAUGCUUAUGACCUUCUUGUUCUCAAAACUAUUGCUAUCUGUGAAUAUGGGGUUCACGCAGUGUCUGCAAAGUGUAUAAUGAAGUGUGAUGAUGACACAUUUGUUAGGGUGGAUACAGUUAUGCAGGAAGUAAAGAAAGUCCCAGAUGGUAAAAGUUUUUAUAUGGGAAAUAUUAAUUACAAUUUUAAGGCCUUUCGUUACGGGAAAUGGGGGGUCAGAAUUGAGGAAUGGCCAGAAGCAGUUUAUCCGCCUUUCGCAAAUGGGCCAGCCUACAUCGUGUCAUCAGACAUUGCACGUUUUGUUGUAUCUGAGUACGAAAAACAUAAACUAAAAUUGUUCAGGAUGGAAGACGCGAGUAUGGGAAUGUGGGUGGAACGGUUCAACUGCUCAAGGCCGGUGGAUUAUAUCCACAGCUUGAAAUUCUUCCAGUUUGGAUGUAUCGAAGAUUACUACACAGCGCAUUACCAGUCUCCGAAGCAGAUGAUCUGUUUAUGGAAAAAAUUGCAACGUCGAGAAAGGCCUCUGUGCUGCAACAAUAGAUGAAAAUUGGCGUUUGAUGAUAGAGAAUAGAAAACAAAGUUUUGCAGACAUAGCAUCACAUACUGUGUAUAUUCUGUGGAAAAAGAUUGAUUGUUCAAUAUGCUUUUGGGCUA